UACAACUGCAUGUGGUAGCACAUUGUUUAAUCUUCUCUAAAAUAAAAGAGCAUGAGGAUUCAUUUCUGUCUUGCCUUCUCGGUAUCUUACAGGAACUCCAGGAUGGCAUCGGGCAGCGACAAACUGUUGUCAGAACAUUGAAUACAACUGGCGAAGAAAUCAUCCAGCAGUCCUCAAAAACAGAUGCCAAUAUUCUACAAGAAAAAUUGGGAAGCCUGAAUCUGCGGUGGCAGGAGGUCUGCAAACAGCUGGCAGAAAGAAAAAAGAGGCUAGACGAACAAAAGAAUAUUUUGUCAGAAUUUCAAAGGGAUUUAAAUGAAUUUGUUUUAUGGUUGGAAGAAGCGGAUAACAUUACUAGUAUUCCACUUGAACCUAGAAAUGAGCAGCAGUUAAAAGAAAAGCUUGAACAAGUCAAGUUACUGGCAGAAGAGUUGCCCCUGCGCCAGGGAAUUCUAAAACAAUUAAAUGAGACCGGAGGAACAGCACUUGUAAGUGCUCCCAUAAGCCCAGAAGAGCAAGAUAAACUUGAAAAUAAGCUAAAGAAGACAAAUCUCCAGUGGAUAAAGGUUUCUAGAGCUUUACCUGAGAAACAAGGAGAAAUUGAAGCUCAUAUUAAAGACCUUGGGCAGCUUGAAAAAAAGUUUGAAGAUCUUGAAGAGCAGUUGAAUAAUCUGCUUCUGUGGCUGUCUCCUAUUAGGAAUCAGUUGGAAAUUUACAACCAACCAAAUCAAACAGCAUCAUUUGACAUUAAGGAAACUGAAGUAGCAGUUCAAGCUAAACAACCGGAUGUGGAAGAGAUUUUGUCUAAAGGGCAGCAUUUGUACAAGGAAAAACCAGCCACUCAGCCAGUGAAGAGGAAGUUAGAAGAUCUGAGCUCUGAGUGGAAGGCGGUAAACCGUUUACUUCAAGAGCUGAGGGCAAAGCGUCCUGACCUAGCUCCUGGACUGACCACUAUUGGAACUUCUCCUAGUCAGACUGUUACUCUGGUGACACAACCUGUGGUUACUAAGGAAACUGCCAUCUCCAAAGUAGAAAUGCCAUCUUCCUUGCUGUUGGAGGUACCUGCUCUGGCAGAUUUCAACCGGGCUUGGACAGAACUUACCGACUGGCUUUCUCUGCUUGACCGAGUUAUAAAGUCACAGAGAGUGAUGGUGGGUGACCUUGAAGAUAUCAACGAGAUGAUCAUCAAGCAGAAGGCAACACUACAGGAUUUGGAACAGAGGCGCCCCCAGUUGGAAGAACUCAUUACUGCUGCCCAAAAUUUGAAAAACAAGACCAGCAAUCAAGAGGCUAGAACAAUCAUUACUGACAGAAUUGAAAGAAUUCAGAAUCAGUGGGAUGAAGUCCAGGAACACCUUCAGAACCGGAGGCAACAGUUGAAUGAAAUGUUAAAGGAUUCAACACAAUGGCUGGAAGCUAAGGAGGAAGCUGAGCAAGUCUUAGGACAGGCCAGAGCCAAGCUUGAGUUAUGGAAGGAGGGACCCUACACAAUGGAUGCGAUCCAAAAGAAAAUCACAGAAACCAAGCAGUUGGCCAAAGACCUCCGCCAGUGGCAGAUAAAUGUAGAUGUGGCAAAUGACUUGGCCCUGAAACUUCUCCGGGAUUAUUCUACAGAUGAUACAAGAAAAGUACACAUGAUAACAGAGAACAUCAAUGCCUCUUGGGGAAGCAUUCACAAAAGGGUGAGUGAGCGAGAGGCUGCUCUGGAAGAAACUCAUAGAUUACUGCAACAGUUCCCCCUGGACCUGGAGAAGUUUCUUGCCUGGCUUACAGAAGCUGAAACAACUGCCAACGUCCUACAGGAUGCUACUCAUAAGGAAAGGCUCGUAGAAGACUCCAAGGGAGUAAGAGAGCUGAUGAAACAAUGGCAAGACCUACAAGGAGAAAUCGAAGCUCACACGGAUCUCUAUCACAACCUGGAUGAAAAUGGCCAGAAAAUCCUGAGAUCCUUGGAAGGUUCUGAUGAUGCAGUCUUGUUACAAAGACGUUUGGAUAACAUGAACUUCAAGUGGAGUGAACUUCGGAAAAAGUCUCUCAACAUUAGAUCCCAUUUGGAAGCCAGCUCUGACCAGUGGAAACGUCUGCACCUUUCUCUUCAGGAACUUCUGGUGUGGCUACAACUGAAAGAUGAUGAAUUAAGUCGGCAGGCACCUAUUGGAGGCGAUUUUCCAGCAGUUCAGAAGCAGAAUGAUGUACACAGGGCCUUCAAGAGGGAAUUGAAAACUAAAGAACCUGUAAUCAUGAGUACUCUUGAGACUGUACGAAUAUUUCUGACAGAGCAGCCUUUGGAAGGACUAGAGAAACUCUACCAGGAGCCCAGAGAGCUGCCUCCUGAGGAGAGAGCCAAGAAUGUUACUCGGCUCCUACGAAAGCAGGCUGAGGAGGUCAAUACUGAGUGGGAAAAAUUGAACCUGCACUCCGCUGAUUGGCAGAGAAAAAUAGAUGAGGCCCUCGAAAGACUCCAGGAACUUCAGGAGGCAACAGAUGAACUGGACCUCAAGCUGCGCCAAGCUGAGGUGAUCAAAGGAUCCUGGCAGCCCGUAGGCGAUCUCCUCAUUGACUCCCUGCAAGAUCAUCUCGAAAAAGUCAAG